AUGCUGCCUCGGCACAACGAACCUAAGGCUCGGCUCCAAGCCUCGCUUUAUAUAACUAGCACUUCUUCUCCUGAUCAUCUCGCAUCGUGUUUGAUCCUAAUCCAUUUCGCUUUCGUCAAGAAAAGAAAAAUCAACUUGAGCAGCCAGUUGCAGAUAUUUUCUCAGGCUAAGAGAAUUAGAGUAUGGCGAUGGUAUCAGGAAGACUUGGUGACGACCUCGACUUGGUACCAUGACUACUGGAUCAGCCAGCACCAAGGACCAGAUGGUUUCUACGACAACGGAGAUAGUUUCAACGGUGGAGCCGACGUCGACGUAGCUGAUUUACUUCCGGAGUCGUUCGAUUUCGAUGACAUGGAAGAUUUCUUCGACGCUGAUGCUUCUGAGUUUGAUCAUGGACAAAUCUACCACGCUCCUUCCGACUUUGGUUUGGGAAAGAAUGGUGAGAUGGUUAGGAAAUCGACUGGGAACAGGAGCCCUAAAUCGGUGGGAGAUCCGGCGAAGUAUGCGGAGAAGCCGGCGAAAUGGGGAAACCAGAGGACUGCUGCUGCUCCCAGAAACAUCCACCAGCCUCGUUGA